CAUAAAAAUAAAAAGUUUACUAGGAGAGAGAGAACUGAAAAGAUACUAUUAAUAAAAGAAGAAAGCACAUCUGUAUCUGUGAAUGCCAGAAAAAUACUUUUCCUUUUUAGUGCUCUCCCUCUCUCACCUUCAAAAAAAAAAAAAAACAGAAAACCAAAAAAAGAGCUCAAGAAUUCUCUCUCUUUCUCUUUUCAUGAAAUUCGUGCUCUCCCUUCAAGUGUUUCACUCUUUUCCUCGCAAAAGAAUUACCUUUCUCGAAACCCCUCAACCACAGCCACAAUCCCUUUGAAGAUUAUUUUAUCUUUUUUGUGUGUGUUUGCUCAUUCUUGAGCUCUGGGCUUCAUCAAAGCGGUGAUGAUGGCGUCGUGAAUUGUUAAAAAUGUCACCUUUACUUCAGAUGCGGCAUAUCUAGCUUAGCCCUCAUGGCUCAUGCUCACAGCAACUGUAAAAAUAACAGAGCAGCUGCCACUAUUAAUGCCGGCGGCGAAAGCGAAGUGAAGCCCGCAACUUUUCAUGAUUUUCUUGGCGAUAAGGGCCAACCCCAAGAUUCUGCUCCGCCGCCGCCGGAAGUGUCGCCGUCCGCCACUUCUGAUCUGGGCUCCGAAAGACAUGUCAGCAAUCACUUGGAAGGGAUACCAUUUUAUGGAUCAAGAGGCGAUGUUGUCGUGCCUGAAAGUAGUAACAGAUUCAUGAGCAACAAACGAAGCAACUCUGAUUCUUUCAUGAUGUCGUCAAGGGAUAAAUUUCCACAAGGGCCUACGGAUUCGCAAGACAGCCAGCUCUUGACUAAGCUGCUACGCUAUUCAGGGGGCGAGCGGCCUAAACGCCCACAUGACGAGGAGGCAUCCUUCGGUAUGCAUCAAAUGAGGCCACUUUCGGCCUCUUUCAUAUCUCAGACUUCAACUGGUGGUAGAACUGAUAACAAUCCUUCCAAAUGGGAUAGAGCUACAGCGGUAAACCCGGGCCCAGCUAUGCAGUAUCCUCCACGUACUGGACAGGUCAUGCCGUUUGGCUACCAUGCCCAGUCGAACAGGUUUAAAGAAACAAAUGUCGGUCCUUCUCUAAUGUCACAAACGGCUGCUGAUGAAGGAUCGCGGACUGGAAUCAAAGGAUCCGGGAUUUUGAGCUCGUUCAAUGCAGCUGGAGCUAUCUCUGGUAGUGGGAGACAGCCUGCAGGGGUGCUCAUACGCAGUGGUAAAAGUAAAUCCGGCGCUUGCAUUUCUGAACCGGAGUCUUCUACUACGCCCAGCCGGCGUGGAGCAGAAUCUUCUGGUCGUCAAAUGACAAUAUUUUAUGGGGGCCAAGCGCAUGUUUUUGACAAUGUUCAUCCAAACAAGGCGGAUGUCAUAAUGGCGUUGGCCGGAUCAAACGGAGGAUCUUGGUCGACAACCUACACGCCCAAUUCCGGAGUGAGGCCAUCCACCGGAGAAAACCGGAUACCUAACAGCAACAGUGAUGCCGGCCUUGCUAUGCUGAGGGAGCUGCAUGGGGGGCCAUCCGACAAAGGUGACACCCACCGCGGUUUUGCGUCUGCCGAUUGACGACAUCUUCCUUCACCGAUACGGAAGCUUCUAGAAAGAUCCAUCACCAAGAAUCUGGGAGGGGAGUCUCAUCAAAGAUUCUUGCAACUGGUUUGAUAAUGGAAUCUGCAGAAUUUGGAGGCAGAAUCAUAGCAGGAGGGGAGGGUGAGUUUGAGGUUUAUGUAUUGGUUGAUUGAUUGAUUUUGAUUGAUUGAUUUGAGUUAGAAGACAAUCAAUCAUAUUGCAUGAUUAGCUAUGUAACUAUUAUUGCAUAUUGAUCAUAGAUCUUCUUCUUUCUCACUGUGCAA